UACUGCUUUGAAUCUGAUAGUAUAAUGAAAGAUCUGAAAACAUUAUUUGAAAUCAGCACGGGUUUCAGAAAGGCCACUCAAGCCGAGGUCCAAUUUGUUAACGAAGUUGAUAAUUACAAGUGUCUUCAAUCAGAUGAUCAGGCCAAAAACUUGGGUUACAAACUACGAUGCCGAUUUGAACUUGCAAACAGCCGACGAAAUUUCUUUCAUAAAUUGUGCUUUGUCCCCUUUUGUCAAUGCUGUGUUCCCUGUGGGCCCUCAUUUUAGAAAAUCAGGCUAUUUAACAGCGUUAGAAGGGUACCCCAUGACUAAAACCGAUAUCAAAAUUUAUACAACUAUUGGAAGCGAAAAUUUUGAUCUUUUAGUAUUUGAAGUCAAAUGCCCACAAAGCACUAGUGAGGAUGACUUAUUUAUGUUAUCAGUUAAACUACAACUUACCCUUAACCGUCUCAUCAAGAAUGGUGUGACCGAACCUGUUGUCUACGGUGUUAUGGUCUAUGAUUAUGAAUGCUCAUUCUAUAGAAUGAGUUUAACUAGUUCCAGAAUUUAUACCAUGAUGAGGAUCAGAACAUGCACCUUGCCCAAAGACUAUGAAAACUUGCAUAGAGUUGGACAUAUUUUGCCCUGCUUUCUUCAGCUGAGAGAAUUGGUAAACAGAAUGCGUCAAUCGUUAGUCCACAGAUUAAUUGGAUAAAAAUCAGUCCUGAUAAUAUCGUAAAUCUAUUUUUUCUUAGUACUAAAAUCAUAUUUCGUAUAUUUCGUUUUAAAUAAAGAAAUUCCGUGCAUCAAGUUA